AGCGGUGCCCAGUCAUGCAGAAGGAAGUCUAAAGCCCUGGGUGCUACAAGCUGUAUAUGUCUACUCCUGAGUUCCCCACAUAGACCUUUAGACAAAAACAUGUGGUCACGAAAUCUUUUAAUUGCUUCUGUAGUUGUCUUUUUGGCAACAACAAUUUCAACUGCUCCUGUGGAAGAGAAAGAGCCGGAGGAGAUAGAGGUAGAGGACGGUGAAGAGGAACUCUCAGAAGAGGAGGAGGAUGAUGAUGACUCCAAGAGUCAGGAAAAGAAUAUGGGAAUUGGAGCACAGCAAGCUACCACAGUAUCUAAAGGCCUGGGUUUAAGCGCUCAGCCUGGCACCUCGUUCCAGGGCGAAGCUGCGAAUGGACAUAAACUCAAUGGGGAUAGUGCCAUGCAAGCUGGGCCUGACCGUAAUGGUGGUGGUGGAGGAGGAGGGGGAGGGGGUGGUGGAGGAGGAGGUGGUGGAGAAGAUUCACAUACUUCACCCUCUGACCCCAGCUCCCAUGAUGCUUCUUUGCCAGGACAUGCAGGUUCCUCUUUAGAUACCAGUAUUGCAGGUCCCAGUUUGGAUCCGAGUCAAACAGGUGCAGGGGGUCAUGGCAGUUCAGUGUCACACGUGCAAGCCCCAGGAAAAGUGGUUGUCCACCCAGGAACAGUGGUUGUCCACCCAGGAACAGGGGUUGUCCACCCAGGAACAGAGGUUGUCCACCCAGGAACAGGGGUUGUCCACCCAGGAACAGGGGUUGUCCACCCAGGAACAGGGGUUGUCCACCCAGGAACAGGGGUUGUCCACUCAGGAACAGGGGUUGUCCACCCAGGAACAGGGGUUGUCCACCCAGGAACAGGGGUUGUCCACCCAGGAACAGGGGUUGUCCACCCAGGAACAGGGGUUGUCCACUCAGAUACAAUCUCUCACGGCUCAAUGGGACAAGCAGGAGGGAGUUCCACUCUCAUCAUUAUCCAUGAGGCUCAUCCACAGCCUGCAGGUGGCAGCAUUCAUACAUUUGAUGCUGCUGGCUAUCAGACUGAGGCUCCAACAAGUGAGACUGAAAUAGAGUCGCCUGAGUAUGACACACCUGAGUCACCUGAGUUUAAUGGUAAUGGUCACAAGCUGCUGAUUGGAGGAGCAGUAGAAAAUGGACAUGCAGCUACACCUGUAGUCACUGACCUCUUCAUCGAGGACACAACUCACAUGGAUCCCACAGGUGCUAUGGAUCCACUUGGUGCAAGUUCUCACCUGGACAAUACAGGUGAGUGUCCAGGUAUUAUCGACCAAUCCAGCCAUGACUUCCUCAUUGGUUUAAUGGGUGGUGUGGGGGAUCCGUAUGCUUCUGACAUCCAUAUCGACAUCUCAGAUCACACUGGAAUGACUUCUCAAUUAGACUUAAUAGCUGUGGGUUCAGGUCCAGGACCGGCAUUGUCGUCCAGUAGCAGCCCGGGUCCAGACGUUCCACCAGGUACCUACUGGCACGCCUUCCACCCUCUGCCAGGUCUUGGAGAUCACAUAGGUCUAAUAAGUGAUUUUACAGGACUUACUGACUCCUCAGGGCCUGACCAUCCAUAUCUGAGCUCAGGUUUCGAUGGAUCUCACCACUCAGCAGGUGAUCAUACUGGUCUAUCCGAUACUACAGACCACCCAGUAGCAGUGAUGUCACAUACUGAUUAUUCAUCAUCGCACAUUGACCACCCAGGGAAUGGUCGUCAAAGCCAGGUUACAGACACACAUGGAGGUGAUCAUGCAGUCAAUGAUGUGCAUCAUGAUGUAACAGAUCCAUCUGGGCAGCAUAUUGUGUCUACAGAUGUAGGCCUACUAGAUGCUGGUGAGCACGGCGUCGUCUCUCACCACGACGACAUGGGAGCUGUUACAGACGGGGUCGCUGUUCAGCAUCAUGAUGACGUUCACACCGUCAGCCCUCAAACAGAUACCACAGGUGCGGCAGAAGAACAUGUAACCAGCUCACAUACACAGAUAGAUAUCACUGCCCUUGGGGUGAACGUGUACAGCGCCAGUGCACCAGGGACGACCGAUUCUGUGCUUGGAUUUGGACAUGACACUACAGUUGUUGCAGAAGCACACAGUGUCUUCAUUCAGACCGAUUCCCCAGUCACAGCUGAUGCACAAGGAUCCACUCUACAGGCUUCCAGUCAUCCUGGUGUAACAGAACAGACACAGCCUGCUGUUUCCGCAGCUGAACAGUACAACCCAUCUGGUCAGGGUCCUGAAGGUGCAGAAAAUGUGGAACUGGAGGAUACCUGCUGACUUUCAUAUGAAGCCUCGUGUCAAGUUUCUACGCUACAGAUUUCAGUGUACGGACCAGUCUGCAUGGCAGAGAAAGAGUGAUCCAGCCCACUAGCAAAUCUAGUUGUUUGUGUCUAUGUUUGUUUGUUUGAACUUUGUCUAUUUAAACUUAAAGAUGACACUGUAAGUAAACUUUUUGCGCACUUGUUAAUAGACGUUUUGUUUCAUUCGUUGCAAAUAUGACAAAAAGACAAGAGGGUACUAAGGAAAAUCCUCUGACUCAGAUGACUAUGGCUCAUACAAAACCGUCAUCCCUAUGAAUAUUGUUGUACAAAAGCUCAAACAAUAUACUGAAUCUUUAUGAAGCUUUGUUAUUUUGUCAUUUCCGCAAGUACUGUAUUUCCCAGUUUAGAAAAUGUGAGAAAUAUUCAUUUUGUGUCAGAAAUUGUACAUUGCGAAAUGUAUAUCAAAGUAAUCUCUACAUUAAAAGGAACAUCUAUUUUGAACAUCAAA